AUGGUCUUCGAAGUCUCGGAGUCAGCCGUCAUCAAGGCACCUUGCGGCACCGAUGAAAGCCGACGCGAUCUUGCCAUCGAAUGCACUAUCUACGAACGCCUAGGUUCACAUCCGUACAUUGCCAAAGUCCUCUACAAACACAAAGGCAUGAUUGUCCUCGAACGCCUCCAGUACCCACUCCGCAAGCGGCUCUGGGACCUCCGUGCUGCCCAACAGCUGCCCCCGACCCAAGAUGUACUGCGCUGGGCUUCUCAGAUUGCGGAGGCCCUGCAACAUGUCCACUCAUGUGGUGUGUUCCAGGUCGACAUAGGCCCGCACAACAUGUUGCUGGACUGGGCUGAGGAUGUGAAGUUGUCUGACUUCGCUGGUGCAUCGGUUGACGGCUCCGCACCAUACGUGUUACCCAGCCCUCACUCAGAGCAUCCAAAGAUGCGAGCCACACAACCUUCGAUACAGUCGGAGGUGUUUGCGCUUGGCUCUGCACUAUACGAGAUGGAGACAACGCAGCAGCCAUAUCACGACAAGGAAGAUGAAGAGAUCGAAGAGCUAUUUGGUGCAGGAGAGUUCCCGGAUACAAGCGCGCUGAUCCUGGGUGAGGUUAUUCAGAAGUGCUGGAGAAUGGAAUAUAGGGACGCCGGUGAGGCGGCGCAUGACGUCAAAUGCAUUCGGAAGCAGUUCAAUGACAGGCGUGCAAAUACGCUGGAAGAAAAGAGCGGUCAACCCUGGUGGAUGGACUAUAUUAUUGUAUCUACUAGCAUCGUCUUUCUCGUUGCUCUAUUUACCUAUCGGAAACAUCGCCAUUAA